AUGCUACUGGUGGUGUUGGAGGUGGUGGUGGAGCAUGUGGGAUCGGAGGCCCGGAGUUCCUGUGCGGGUGCUGCGGUGGUUUCGGUGGGCGCAUUGUUGGCUAGGAGAGUGCGGGGCCCAAGCAAGGCGUGUAAGGCGGUUUCAUGGAGUUGUGCGGAUGGAGUGCGCCAGGCGGACGGGUCGGCGGGCUGGGUGGCGGCGAGCGUCGUGGUGCCGCUGUGGACAACUGCAGAAAGCAGCAGCGGGCCUGUGGGCAUUUGGAGGGAGGAGUUGUGGUGCUGCCAGGGGGGCCCCUUUGGAGAUAAGAGCCCGGCAGCGGUUGUGGGACGGCUACAGGUUGCGCUGGGAAGGGAGGAGGCAGGCGCACUGGAGGCCGCAUCGUUGAGGAUUGUGGGGGAAGAGGCGCGUGGCAAAGUCUGCGAGGCGCGACAAUCAGGACUUGGGAUUCUGGUGGCUUGUGGAAUGGAGUCCGGCAGAGGCGAGUCUGCGAGGCAGUUUGACUCGGGCGACUCGGUGUUGGAAGUUUUGCCCGCGACGGAUGGCGACAUGCCUAGUCGUCCGGACAUGUGCCCUGACUUUUUUGCGCUUGUGCUGGAGAGAAGACCUGAACUGAGGGAGCUGCUUCUGAAGCCGGUGGCUGUCCUUAAUGAUUACCCAGAAACCUGCAUACAUGCAACGAAGGCGCUUGCGGCCUCAACUGUCGCAGCGCCUAUCCAUGGCAGUCGGAGUGGCAAAAGCCCAAACCAAAGCUCAGGUCCACGCAAUUUAUCUAUCAAGGCUCAUAUUGAAGGCGUUGCGUACAGUCCUCCGGACGUCUAUACGCAGCUGGCCAGGCCCACCCCUCAGCUGGCAGUAAAAUCAAGGACCUCUGUUACAACCGCCGUGCAGCAAAGCAGCGAUAUCGAGCCUAACUCUACAGGGGGAGUUGGACAAUUAACAGGAGAAAGCGAGGAAGCCCGAGCUCUCGUCGCAGCGGAAGAUGGACCUUUUACGCAGCGCAGCAACUGCGCUGCGGCGGUUAUCACGGCGGCACGUGGGGCAACCCUGGAAAGUGGCAGCACUGGAGCUGUCGUCAAAGUAGAGCCUGGGCUAUAUCAUGAGCGAAUCAGCAGCACGCAGGCUGUCUUUGCAGCGGAGCGUGUAACGCCUGUACAGCGAAGCAGGUACACCGAGCCUGCCAUUACAGCACAAUGCGAGAAAUUAGCUGGAGGUGAAGCAGAUGGCUACUCUAGCGACGAGGAGCCCGUUGACGAGCCCAUCGCUGAGUCGCCCAUGGGGCUGUGCAUGCGUUCGGGAGCUGACUACAAAGUAAAUCUAGCGGCCCUAGCAACUUUAGUCGCGCCCAUACGUCAUGGUAGGGCUCCUAUUCGGCGAGGAACCUACGACGGUGUGCUCUCUUUAUCACCGCGUAAAUACCCCUUCAGCCUCGGAUGUCUGCCUUCGGGUAGCUCUCCGUACCCCUCGCCGCUCGUUUCACCUCGCUCCUCGCCAUUUGGAUCACCUUGCAUCUCGCCGCACGCUUCCCCAAGGCGUUCCCGCAGCACCAGCAGUCCCACUGGUGCCGAUUUGCCGGGCGGCGACGGCGACGGCGUCCAUGACUACCACCACCGCGGCCGCAAGGGUGAAGACACGGUCGGUUGCAGCGACUUGUACCGCAGGCACAGCAUCUCUCGCUGCCGCCCAAAUCACAUGGCGGAAACUCCUUCUGGUUCCCGAAAUCCUGACUUGGGCCUCCUGGGUCUGCGAACCUACUCGGCCUCAUUGCGAGCUGGGGAGCUGGCAAUGAGUGGGAUGAGCCCGUCGGUUUUUCCAACCCACAACGCGGCGACCCACAUCGCAAUGGGUUUCGGAACCCGUAACCGCAGCUCCAGCUACAGUCGGGAGCUGUUGUCCCCCAGCGCGGCUGCACAGCACUGGCGCAGGCAGCCAUGCAGCCUUGGGAACCCACUGGUGGAGGAGGUGGAGGCCAUGGCGGUGGCGACGGCACCACUGCUGUUGCCGUCUCGCUUGCCCCUGCAGAUGGCUCGGACGCCAUCCGAUAGCAAAGUUCAGCAACGGGAUGGUCAGGAACUGGCAGCCGCUUCUGGCUGCAGCACAAGCGCCACACAGGCCCAUCUCCUCUCCGACCGCGUGAAGUCUCAUGUCAUGCGACUGGAGAAGCUGCGGUCGCAGCUGAGCCGAGUGGAACAGCUGUCGUCUGAGCCGCACCGAGGCGUGGAGAUGGAGCCCGGAGUUUCGCUGGAGGCAGCGGCUGGGGGUGGAGUGGAAGCGGAGGUAAUCGUGGAAGUGGAAGAAGGGCCAGAACUGGCUGACUACACGGGCUGUCCUAGCCCGCCCCUUCAGGAGGCGCUUUCGCCUGUGCCGAUAGUCUCACACCGCACAUACCAGCCUCUGGCAUUCCCGCCAGGCGGUACUUCCGCCAUCAGCGAGGUCGGCGGCAACAACGACACCGAUGCUGCCCCUGAGCCUGACGUUGAUGAGCGGCCGGCAGGCGAGUCUUUGGAGCCGCGGAUACUGCCCAGUGGCAUGCCGUUUGCGCUAGGGCAUCACCACCCAAGAGGAAAGCAGCAACAGCAGCCUCAACAUCAUGCUCGUGGCCACAAUGGAUCCACUGGAACGCGUGGCGGAGGCGUGCCUGCCGGCAGCGGAAACAGUAGCCAGCCCAUCAACAACCGCGGGCAUCCCGUCCUGUCAAGCAGCGGCGGUAGCGCUGGCGGAGGCGGCGGUGACCAGAAGUCCCUCGUUACGACGAUUUCGCUGCAGGGAAGCUUGUCUGGCGGUGUUCGCGUGCCGUCACCGCCGCCGGUACUCUCUGCCGACGCACCGUCGCUGCUGAUUGCGCACCAGCGCCCCUCCGAUACUGGGGCCGCCACGGCGCGCCGUGGGGACGCUGCCAUUACUGAAUCGGAAUUAGGGACGCUGCAGCUUGGUAUCCCCGGCAAUAGCCGCCCAGCGCCUGCACCGCCACCGCCUCCACCGCCGGUGCCGCUGCUGCCGUCUCUCAAGCAACAGCUUAAGGGGCUGCGGACCGCGUCAGGAAGCCCAUGUCGCCAGCUGCGAGGUGGCGGCGGAGACGCAGCUCCGCUGACGCACGCGGGGCACCUGGUAAAGCAGGAACAGCGCAGGUCGUUCACGGGUGGCACCGCCGCCGCCGCUGCGGUGGGGAGUGCUGGCAGCGGCAGCGGCAGUGGCAGCGGCAGCGCCCGCUCCUCGAUGGGGGCGUUGGGGGAGAUAUGCUUCAGCGGCACUGGCGUUGCGGCCACAGCAACUGUGGCUGUUGUUGUAACCGUCGCCGACGGCACUGCGGCAUCACCGGAAGCCAGGCAACAUCGGCAGUAUAACGUGACCUUAACAUCGACCGCCGCGGCACCGGCAGUGACGUCGGUGGUUGUAAGGCACAGCGGCUUUGAGUUGAGCCCAGGCCGGACCAGCCUGAGUGUGGCUGGCGGUGUUGGUGCGGUCAGCCGGCUUUUGCCGGUCAUCUCUCACCAGACUGGAGCCUCUGGCCGGUCCGUGUCCAAACUCAGCCCCGGUUAUCAGCGCUGCAGUGCUGUGUUACUUGUUAAGCGUGUGGGGGAGGGCCAGGGUUGCGAGCUGGGCGUGGGGCAAAGCUUCCUGCUCCUGGUAAUUAAGGACACGACGUGAACACAUGAUGAUGUUCAGAGGUCAAAAAUACGCUGUACAUUGUUUUCGCAGGCCCGGAUUAGGGAAUGCCGCAUGGGCUUCGCAGCAUAGUCGGGAGAUCAAACGAGCAAAUGACCAGCAGGCUGAAUGACUGGUGAGCUGUGGCUGAUCGACCGACCGUUGCACACGUCAUUACGGUGCUGUGGCGUCGAACAAAUUUGUGUUUAAAUUUGGGACGGAGACCGUGUCCAGGGAUGUAGAUUGGGGGCUGUUCCGAGGCAAUUUUGUUACGGUGGGCCUGUCAAGGUCCACGGCCCACACGGAGCACCUGAUAUCAGAUACCCUGCUGGGAGGUGUCUCGUACUUCUGUGCCCCGUGAAAACACGUGCCUGUGCCUGUGGGGGAAGAUGACCACCAACGCACGGGUGCGAUGGGCAGAUGAGUGGAAAGGAAGGACGGGCAACGCAGAGGCGGCGCCACAGCGUGAAUGCCGGUAUGUAAACUUGGCAUGGCGAAAGAAGGAUAAGCUUGUAAGAAACGAAAUCGG